AUGUCGCAUCAUCUGCCGCUGCUCCCCGGAAUGGUGGACGACGGGCCGCUGGGCGUGGCGGGCGCGUACGACGACGCGCUGAUGGCGUCAGCGGCGGACCGCCAGUCGCACUGGGGCUUCCACGAGACCAAAGAGCUGAUCGCGCUGCGCGGCGAGAUGGAGCGCGAUUUCGUGCCGGGGCGCACGAGCAACCACGUGUGGGAGACGAUAUCGGCGCGCAUGAAGGAGAAGGGGUACCGCCGCACGCCCAACCAGUGCAAGUGCAAGUGGAAAGUGCUCGUUAACCGCUACAAGAACAAGGAGCUCUCGGCGGACGGGUCGCGCUCGUGCCCGUUUUUCGAGGAGCUAGACGCGAUUUUCAAGCAGCGCGCGCGCAACAUGGACCGCCUGCUCGUGCAGGCGGAGGGCGGCGGCACGCCCGGCGGAAUCGGCGCCACCGGCGGCAUCGGCAGCGGAUUCUCCGCAGGAGAGGGCCGGGCCGGAGCAGUCGGAGGAACCCUGGGCAUGCGCGGAAGCUUCGGCGGCGGGCUGGGCGCGCGGGGGGGCGCGGGGGGCGUGGGAGGGGGCUUGCUCACCCGGCGGGCGCGAGACGAGGAAGAGGAGGAGGAGGAAGACGAGGAGGAGGGGGAGGACGAACUAGAGGGCGAGUUAAACGUGCUGCGCAACAAGAGGCGCAAGCGCGACUUCAACGCUGGCGCGCGCAAGGCCGCCACGGGCGCCUACGGCGUGGGCUCCCCCGCCAUGGGGAAGGGCGCCUCCGCUGGCGCAGGGGGCAGCGCUGGCGGAGACGCGUUUGAUGGCAUGGGCGGCGCGGGCAACGGGGGGGGGGACAGGCGCGCGGUGCUGGAGAGGCAGCGCGCGGGGAGCAUGCAGGAGGUGCUGGAGCAGUUCUUCGUGCAGCAGCUGCGCCUGGAGCAGGAGUGGCGCGAGGCCAUUGAGCGCCGCGAGGCGGAGCGGCGCGUGCGGGAGGGCGAGUGGCGCAGCAGGCUGGAGGCGCUGGAGAGGGACCGCGCUCAGAGAGAGUCCAUGUGGCGCCAGGUGGGUGUGGGGGGGAAGAUGGGUGUGGGGGGAAGGGGGGGGAGGGUUAGUGCGGGAGAAGGUGGAGGUGGGGAGAAGGAUGGGGUGGGUGCUGUGCAAGCAGAUGCUGCCAUGGGUGGGGUGCAGGAGCCUAUUGCAGUGUAG